AUGGAAGAGUUAAAUUCUGGAGAUUUUGCUUGGGACGGUAAACCUCAACAUGAAUGUGUGCAUGCUAUUCAAACAGCAGUUCCAAUUCGCACCCAGAAACUUCGUAAUAAGCAUGCUGUUGACAGUCAUUGGAAACUAGCGGCUAUCGGCAUUAGUGAGGAUCCUUCAUUUCCGUAUUUCACUGUACGGUAUAUUGAUACCUCUAUCUGGGAUCUAUGUCCAGUCCACAUACAGUAUACAGUUGGUACUGAAAUGUCAAGCAGUACAUCAUCAGUCGGUGUCCCUCUUCACACUCUUGGGCCCAUUGAAGGACAAGAUGGACUUAGUCUCACUAGACAAGAAAUAAAUCGACUUAUUUUGGAGUAUUUAGUUGUUGAAGGUUACAAAGAUGUUGCGGAAAAAUUCAGCCGUGAGACAGGAAUAGUGGAGCCUUUAAAUGAAUUGCAAGUUGCAGGUGCAAGUUUGAAUGAUCGUAUGUGGAUUCGUGAAGCAGUUUUGUUACGAAAAAUUGAGGAUGUGAUUGAUACAGUCAAUCGAUUAUGGCCUGAACUGUUUGACAAAAAUCCUUUCAUCUACUUUCAACUUCGUCAGCUGCAAAUGCUAGAACUUAUUCGAAACAAACGUUUAGAAGAGGCUCUUAUAUUUGCCCAAUCGUAUUUAGCAGAUCCGGUAGCCAAACGUUUAUCAGAGCAUCCUCAGUUAUUAAAUGAAAUGCAAAAUACCAUGGCACUAUUAGCUUUUGACAAUCCUGCUGAAAGUAUUUACGGCAAGCUGCUCAGUCCCCAACAUGCUGAAGUGGUUGCAGGAGCACUAAAUCGAGCUAUACUCCGACAUAUCGAAUCAUCAGGCGAUGAAAUUGAUACUUCUGAAGAGAAAGGCUCUGUGACUGCAAACUCUGUGGGUUAUUCCGGUGUAUCAUCCACUGUACCACGGUUGACAAAAAUGAUGGCAAUGUUGCUACACUUCCGCGACUUGGCACAGCUUGAACUUCCACCCGAACUAGCCUCGUUAUAG